AUGAGUGGUGCUAGCAACAGUCUUCAGGUGAGGCCAGGAAGCAUCACAGGUUUAGAACUGAUGUACGUAAUGGACCCCAUCCAUGUGGGACAUAGCACAGUAUUUGUCUGUUUUGAGUGUGGUCGAAGAUUUGUACGAAAGAGCCACCUGAACAGACAUAUGAUAAUUCAUACAGGACAAAAGCCAUUUGUCUGCUCUGAGUGUGGUAAAAGAUUUGGAGUAAAGGACGACCUGAACAAACAUAUGAUAAUUCAUACAGGACAAAAACCAUUUGUCUGUUCUGAGUGUGGUAAAAGAUUUGGACUAAAGAGCAACCUGAACAAACAUAUGAUAAUUCAUACAGGACAAAAACCAUUUGUCUGUUUUGAGUGUGGUAAAAGAUUUGGACUAAAGAGCAACCUGGACACACACGUUAUAAUUCAUACAGGACAAAAACCAUUUGCCUGUUCUGAGUGUGGUAAAAGCUUUGGGCAAAAGAGCUACCUGAAAAAACACAUGAUAAUUCAUACAGGACAAAAACCAUUUGUCUGUUCUCAGUGUGGCAAAAGAUUUGGACAAAAGAGCUACCUGAAUGAACACAUGAUAAUUCAUACAGGACAAAAAGCAUUUGUUUGUUCUCAGUGUGGCAAAAGAUUUGGACUAAAGAGCAACCUGAACACACACAUGAGAAUUCAUACAAGACACACAAACGAAACACCAAAACUCUAAAAAUGAUCUACGAACAGCAUGGUCAUAGAAAGCAAUCGAUACAGGGGUCAUAGUUCUCCAUCGCUAUGACUGAUUUCCUUCAACUGGUCUCAGAGCUGGUUCUAGCCGUUUUGGUGCCUGAGGCCUCGGAUUUGCUGUGGCAAACCCCUGUGUGUAAACAAGGGAACAGUUGAAGGGACUUACUUCUUCAGUCAAGAUUAUGAUUUAGAUCAUAGAUUGACAACAGCUGUAUGACAGACUUUAAAGGUUUAAUUGUUGAUCAAACACACAUUCAAAUAAUAUAAAUAACAAUGAAAAAUAAUUCAAUGAAAUAACAUAAAUAAACCCAGAAUUCCUUUGUAGAUCUUGAGCAAAUAUUUUGAAUGUCUGGACAGCUCCCAUUAUAUGACCAAUAUAAAAGUGCUGUGUUCAAACAAUACAAAACAGUGCAAUAUAACAUAACAACAAAAUACAAAAGUUGCAGUGCACAUUUAACUCAGUCAGUCCCAAUGACAGCAAUUUUUUUUUUUCUUCAGUAACAUAAAAUGGUGCUACAGUUGGUGAAUUCUAUGUAUUUGUAAACAAUGGUCCUUACAGAAGCAAAAUAUGCAAACAAGACAACAAAACUAUAAUGUACCACCAAAUCUAGUCCACCUUAAUUGUCUGUUUUAUGACAACAGCAUGGGGCCCAUCAUGGCACCCUGCAGCCCCGCUGUGAAUUAUGAUGUCACGUAAAAUCUCUCUGAGUAGAAUUUCCCAGUCACGAGUUAUCUUCAACUGCUUAUCCGGGAUCAGGUCGUGGGGCAACAGUCCAGUAAGGGACCCCAAACUUCCCUUUUACCGAGCCACAU